GAAUGGGGUCUGCCGGCCUAGCUCGGCUGCAUGGGCUUUUCGCGACCUACAAGCCCCCGGGGCUAAAAUGGAAACACCUGCGGGACACCGUGGAAAUGCAACUUCUGAAGGGUCUCAACGCUGGAAAACCUCCUGUCCUUGAACAACGUGUUCGCUUCCUGCUGGGCCCCAUGGAAGGAAGUGAAGAGAAGGAACUGACCCUCACAGCCACUUGUGUGCCCACCCUCACCAACCAUCCCCUAGUGCGUGGACCAGAAUUCACCAGUCUGAAGGUUGGUGUGGGACACCGGCUAGAUGCCCAGGCUUCUGGGGUGCUUGUGCUCGGCGUGGGACACGGACGCAGGCUUCUCACUGACAUGUACGAUGCUCAUCUCACCAAGGAUUACACGGUACGUGGCCUCCUGGGCAGAGCCACAGAUGACUUCUGUGAGGACGGACGGCUAGUAGAGAAGACGACAUACGACCAUGUGACCAGAGAGAAGCUGGACCAAAUCCUGACAGUGAUUCAAGGCUCCCAUCAGAAGGCCCUGGUGAUGUACUCCAACCUCGACCUGAAGACCCAGGAGGCCUAUGAAAUGGCCGUGAGAGGCUUGGUCCGGCCUAUGAACAAGUCCCCAAUGCUGAUAACGGGCAUCCGGUGCCUCCACUUUGCACCUCCAGAAUUCCUCUUAGAGGUUCAGUGCAUGCACGAGACGCAGAAGCAGCUGCGAAGGCUGGUGCAUGAAAUUGGCCUGGAGUUGAAGACCACCGCUGUCUGUUCCCAAGUGCGACGCACACGCGAUGGCUUUUUCACACUGGAUGAUGCUCUGCUGAGAAAGCAGUGGGACCUACGCAGCAUCCAGGAUGCCAUCCAGGCUGCAGCCCCCCGGGUGGCAGCGGAGCUGGAGAAGAGCUUGAGGCCGAUGCUGGGCGCCCAGCAGCUCCCGGACCCAGGCCGGCCCUGGGACUCCACAGGGCCAAACUCCACCUGA